UUUUUUUUUUUUUUUUUUUAAAUGUGAAGAGUUAGGUGAUAAAAAAUUUUUUACUGCUUUUAUGUUUUUCUGUCUUGUUUUGAAACCAUGACGGUUACACUUUUGGUUCCUAAAUAAAAUUUAAAACAAUUAACAGCCAAGUCACAAAGAUAAAUGGGUUGCACAUAGACUAAGGAAUAAACUUCAGAUUUGUGAUUUUUGUUUCUAAUCUUGAUGUAAAUUUACACUAUUUAUAAAUACAUAUUUAUUGCUUGAAAAUAUUUGUGAAUGGAAUGCUGUUAUUUUUUCCAGAUUACCUGCCAUUGAAAUUUUAAGGAGUUCUGUAAUUUCAAACACUACUCCUAUUACAUUUUCUAUAUGUAAAUAAAACUGCUUAGCAUUGUACAGAAACUUUUAUUAAAAUUGUUUAAUGUUUAAAGUUUUUCUAUUGUUUGAGUUUUAAAAAGAUUUUAUGUACAGUGCCCAGUUUUUGUUCUUUUUUGAAUCUGAUUAUAUAUAUAUUUUAUAUAUACUCUUGUGCUUGUGUAUAUAUAUAAUAUAUAUAGAAACUCGAAUAUAAAUAUGUGUAUAAAGAUUUAGAGACUAAAUUUUUCUCGUUUUAAGUUUUACAUCUAUGGUAGAUUUGAGGUGUCUACUGUAAAGUAUUGCUUACAAAAGUAUGAUUAUUUUUAAAGAAAUAUAUGGUAUGUAUCCUCAAGACAUAAAAUGACCUUCAGACUGGUUUAUUGUUAAAUUGCACUUUUUGCAAUAACAGACCAAUAAAUAGUUGCUGCCAAAAUGUAGUAGUAGAAAAUAAGUAAUGGCUAAACUUUAAAGCUCUUCAAGACAAUACCAGCUUUGACAGGAAGUUUGGCGCUAGUUUUAGAGGGGAAAUGAAAAAAGUGAAUUUGACUUUGAGUGGGGAUGUUCUCUAGAAUUCAACCAAAUUGCAACUUACAUAUUACAGUAUGUUCUAUUAACAGUUGAAAAAGUUAAGACAUCUUGGUGUCACUGUUGACCCUAAAAAAGGAUGUUGUUUUGUGGUAUUCUAUUGUAUUUUCACAUAUUUUGUAAUACGAAUUCACUGGUAAAUUUUUGAAGCACUAGGUUUAUUUAGGACAAGUUUAUAAUAUAUCAUUGUAACAGUUUGCAGUUUUAAUGAUGGUAUUUAUUUUGAGUUGCUCCUUUCUCAUUAGCUUCUUGAAAAUGCAUUAAAUCUAAAUUUAAAAAUUGAUAGCUUUCUUAUCGAUCAGAGUUGACUGAUGCGGAAGGUUCUGCAUCCAACAGUUUCUCAUAAUUUCUCAUUAGUGGGGUAUGUUAGUGAUUGCAUUGUUAAAUUUUCUGUAAUCAAUGUGAAGUGUUAAAGGCACAGAGCAUGCUAAUAGUUUGAACAAAAAGAGUCGCCUCUUACAUUGUGGCUUCAGACAAAGGGUGUUUUUAAUGAAGAAUCAGUACAGCUUGUCUAAUGCUGUUACAACAGUUUAACCAUAGUUGUAAAUUACUUUCUUGCUAGUUCUUACAGCAGUUGGACAAAAGGGUAUAGAGAUAAAAGAAAAGCAUAACGAAUGCUCUUGCCAGCAAAAUUACCAACUAGCACUUAGGAAGCCAGUAUUUGCAGAUCUGUAAAGAUGUAAGUCUUAGCUCUUGAUAACAAACUCUACAAAUCAUAAUUUUUUUUUUUACUUAUGUAUUUUAUGCAGUCAUAAAUAUUGUAAUCUUGACAAACCAUGCUGCAACUGAAAAGCUACUCCUUUACAGUAGUCUUAAACCCAAAUAAAAGCAAGAUAACUUACCUCAACUAAUGGUAAACAAAAAGUCCUUGUUUCUCAGUGCUGUAAAAGAAUAUUGCUAGCUAGGGACAGAGCUGCUGUGUGCUCAUCAAAAGGGCUUUGUGCCUUUCUUCCCCUUUGGAAAAGAGGAUAUGCCAUUACCAAGGAAGAAAAUUUGUAUUUCACCAAUGAACAAGUAGACCAAAUCAGUGGAGCAUCAGGCAGUGUUGCUCACUCUGCUUGAAGAUUUUGUCAUGAAUUUGAAUUGCUACAGGCCUUUAAUAUUUUGCAGUUUUCAUAGUUCUUAAUUACAUUAUGCUCCUAACCGAUGGACAGUUUUGAUCUAUAAGCUGCUACGAUUUAGAAUGCUUUUGUUUCAUUUUAUUAAAAAAGCACAAGUUGAUAUUUUAUCAAUUGUA